AUGGCGUUGGCAAAUAUAAUUUUAUUGGCGCCGUUUUUAGCAGUUUCUUAUAGGUUUGUUCUUCUUCAGCCCGUUGAAGUAUUGGAAAAUAAUAGCUUUUUCCGAACUGACGUUCAAAUGAAGUUUUAUAUUGAGAAAUUAAGAAAAUGUAAAAAAAAAACGAUAGUUAUAAAUUAUAAUUGCAGCAUGGGCUACGGAGCAAGCACUUACGGUGGUGGAUUCAAUAGUCCUAGUGGUCCUGGCGGUUACAAUGGUGGACCGCCUUUCGGAGGACCGCCGCCAUAUUCGGCUGGCGGUGGUUACAGUGGUAGCGGUGCUGGAGGCUAUUCUGGAGGUGGAGGUGGAGUAUACGGCCACAAUCGACCUUAUGGUCUCGAUGAAGGAAGCACAACCAUUAUUCGCAGAGUAGAAUACGUCUCCGAUCCAGGUUACGGACGCAACUCUUACAAUCGCCCAGUACAGCCUAUGCCUCUUCCUGAACCAAAGCCAGAACCUUUGCCUGUCCCGGAACCCAGAGCUGAACCUCCACCUCCACUUCCUCUCCCACGUCCAGAACCUCUGCCAGAACCUCGUGCUGAGCCUCAUCCUGAACCCCAUCCAGAGCCUCUUCCUCUUCCUGCUCCACUUCCAGAGCCUGAGCCUCGUCCAGAACCACCUCCGCAGCCAAUAUAUCGACGCCCAGUCUCUUCCUAUGGAGCUCCGUUACCUAUGGAUAAUAGUUAUGCAAGACCUAAAUACGGAUAA